GUCUGCUAAAUUGCUUAUUGUUUUCCCUUCUUCUCUUGCUCUGACUCACCCAAAAACAGACGCCACUAAUGGCAAUUCAGCCAAUGCACAAACAACGCCAGCGAAGAGCAACAACAACAACAACAAUAAUAAUACUAACAACAACAACAAUAGCAGCACAAAGGAUACAAUCAACAAUAACAACAACAACAACAGCAAGCUCAGCUCGAAAUUCAGCUCCAGCCAAACGCUCAAUGGUCAAACGAAGACCAACAACAACAACAACAACAACAAUGCUGAUCCAGACAUGAUUUCACCCACAGUGAUGGCCAAAUUCCUGGAGGAUGAGCUGAAAUUGAACGAUGUGAAGCACUGCGACACUUGCCAGUGCAGCAAACAGGAUCUGACCGUGCUGGCAGACGUCUCCCGUUCCUAUACGGUGGCCACGCAGACGCCCCACACUGAGCGCAGCCUGAACGAGCCGCUGACUCAGCUCUGCCUGCGCUGCCACAGCAAUCUGAAUUCGCCUUCUAGGACCAAUAGUCCCUAUCUGAUGAAGCUGGUGAAGAGCAGCGAUUCGGUCAUAUCGGAAACGAAAAGCUCCGUCUCGGAUCUGAAUGAGAUGGACAAGCUGUUUACGCCGCCCAAGAAAGAUGAUCUCAUGGUCAAUCCCAUUUUGGGCCAUCACAGGCUGUGCGAGCGCACGGCGACCUCGACCUCGACGCUGAUGUAUCCAACCACACAUCUGGGCGCCUAUGCGGCCGAGAAAUAUCUGCUGGAGACGAGCAAUCUGGGCCAACUGCGCCAGGGCAAUGCCACGACUGCGGCUACGGCAUAUCAGCGACGCUUUCUCGAUGGCGGCGGCACGGCGCUGCAGCUGCUCAACAAGUUUGAGGGCGUCGGCUCAGCUGCGGCGGCGGGGGCUGAGGAGCUGGAGGAUGAGGUCAGCAAACCACUGCUGGCGGGCAUAUCGCAGCCGAGCCUGCUGGAGGCCGAGCAGCCGCCAAGCACACAGCCCACCAAGCCCGAGGAUGUGUGUGAGCCGCAGCCAGUGAAGCCAGCUGUGGCCAUUGGAGCAGCCGGGGCAGCCGGGACAGCCGGAAUAGCUGGGACAGCUGGGACAGCCAUGGCAGCAGCAGCUGCCACUGCCAGCUGUUCCUCCCAGCUAAAGUCAACGAACUCGGGCAGCGUGCAGAGCCUGUGGAGCAACAAGACCAGCAGCUGCGAGGGCGCCAAAAUGUUUGAGACCUUCAAUCGGAAUCUCAUCAAGACUAUUAAGGCCGAGAAUCCCAAGUAUCGCGGUCCGCGCCUCUGUGCCAUGCGCAUACAGCAGAACGGGCAGAGCAACAUCCUGCUGGACAAUCUGGAGUCGAUUGAGACGCAUGUGCCGGUCAUCUACAAGCGACGCGAGCGCCUGCUGGACGAGGAGCUCGACGAUGGCAAGGACAUCAUCACCUCCAAGGAGAGCAAUGCGGCGGCAGCGGUUGAGGCCUGGCAGGGCUCGGCCAUGCCGCAUGAGAAUGUGGCGCUGCAGCCGGUGCUGGAGCCGCAGGUGGAGCUAAAAGAGACUGAAAAAGGCGGCCCGCUGGAGGCUCAGGUGCUGCCAGCCGAGGCACUGGCCAGUGGAGCAGCCGGUGAGCCGGCCAAUCUGAGUGCAGUGGCUGCAGUCGGUGCAGCAGCUAAAGUUGCAGCCGCUGCUGCCGCUGCUGCUCCGGCUGGCUCGCCCAAGCACUCGGCCAACUCGAGCUCACUGAGCGAUGCCAUCGACUACCAGGAGAGCGUUCUGCUGCGGCGCCAGCAGCUGAAUCGCGUCGCCGAGUGGGUGCAGCACAACACGCAGCAGCUGGAGCAGCGCGCGCUGCAGCAGCCGACGUUGCCCAGCGACUCGAAUUCGGGCACGGAGCGGCAGUCGUCGUACUCCACGCUGGAUCGCAUGGACUCCAUAUCCAUAGAGAAGCUGAGCGUGGACUCUGGCUACAAGACAACGCCACAGCAGCUGACCAAUGGCUAUGCGGAUGCGGGCAAAUCCACGGAGGAUUCCCUCUCGCCCAAGACAGACAUCACCAGCAAUUCGCUGCCCGAGCCGACGACCGUCAGCCAGGCGGCCGUUGCGGCAGCGACUGUGGUCACCAAAAAGGCGGAGCUCUGCACUACCUACUACAGGCGCACCACGCGAUCCGGCCUGCCGGUGGCCUACACCACGACGAUGGUGCCAGCCGCGGCCACGCCGGCCGAUUCGCAGGGCUGCUCGUCGUCCGGCUCGCCGGCCCUGCAGUGCCCCGAACAGCCCACGUGUGAUAUACUCAACUACAAAUACUAUCCCAAUGACACGGACAAGACGCGCUCCGUGCAGGCCGAGCUGCACACGACCACACAGCACGUGGACAUCGCCCAGAUGGAGUACAAUGUGAAGCAGUUUCUGCUCAAGCAGAACGAGUGGUCGAUGCGAGCGGAGGGAGCAGCUGCUGGUGGUGCUGGUGGUGCUGGUGGUGCUGGUGGUGCUGCUGUUGGCUCGUUUUGUGCGUCUCUUAAUUGA